ACGCGAUGGCUGGGCCGGCGUGGAUAUCCAAGGUGUCUCGGCUGCUGGGGGCAUUCCACAACCCAAAACAGGUGACCAGAGGUUUUUCUGGUGGUGUUCAGACAGUAACUUUAAUUCCAGGAGAUGGCAUUGGCCCAGAAAUCUCAGCUGCAGUUAUGAAGAUUUUUGAUGCUGCCAAAGCACCUAUUCAGUGGGAGGAACGGAAUGUCACUGCCAUCCAAGGACCCGGAGGAAAGUGGAUGAUCCCUCCAGAAGCCAAAGAGUCAAUGGAUAAGAACAAGAUGGGCUUGAAAGGCCCUUUAAAGACCCCAAUAGCUGCUGGUCACCCGUCUAUGAAUUUAUUGCUGCGUAAAACAUUUGACCUUUAUGCCAAUGUCCGGCCAUGCGUCUCAAUCGAAGGCUAUAAAACCCCUUACACCGAUGUAAAUAUUGUCACCAUUCGUGAGAACACAGAAGGAGAAUACAGUGGCAUUGAGCAUGUGAUCGUCGAUGGGGUUGUGCAGAGUAUCAAGCUCAUCACCGAGCAGGCGAGCAAGCGCAUUGCUGAGUUUGCCUUCGAGUAUGCCCGGAACAAUCACCGGAGCAACGUCACGGCUGUCCACAAAGCCAACAUCAUGCGAAUGUCAGAUGGGCUUUUUCUGCAAAAAUGCAGGGAAGUGGCAGAAAACUGUAAAGAUAUUAAAUUUAAUGAGAUGUACCUUGAUACAGUAUGUUUGAAUAUGGUACAAGAUCCAUCCCAGUUUGAUGUUCUUGUUAUGCCAAAUUUAUAUGGCGACAUCCUUAGUGACCUGUGUGCAGGGUUGAUUGGAGGUCUUGGUGUGACACCAAGUGGCAACAUUGGAGCCAAUGGAGUUGCAAUCUUCGAGUCGGUUCAUGGGACUGCCCCAGAUAUCGCUGGCAAGGACAUGGCCAACCCCACUGCCCUCCUGCUCAGCGCUGUGAUGAUGCUGCGCCACAUGGGGCUUUUUGACCAAGCUGCAAAGAUCGAGACUGCGUGUUUUGCCACAAUUAAAGACGGAAAGAGUUUAACAAAAGAUCUGGGAGGCAAUGCCAAGUGCUCUGACUUCACUGAGGAGAUCUGUCGCCGAGUCAAAGAUUUAGAUUAAUGCUCCUACCGGUGGUAUUGGCACCAGUCACUCCGAAUGGAUACCGCGCACAUCUUUAUUUAGAAAACUUAACCAUAUCUACGCACUGGGUCUGCUUGUCUCUUGACAGGAGUACAUUUUUGGAUCUGGCUUCUUAACAAAAGUCUGUACAAAAGAGGCAGGUGCUCCUCCCUAAGGCCUGCUUUCAAAGGACUGUUUCCAAGUGCUGUUUUAUUUAUUAAAUGCUAUCUGGUUAACAGUUUUUGUAAACUCUAAGGGGAUUGUAUCAUCUGCUAUUGUUAACCAUUUUACACUUCAGUUAAAAUAGGUUUUUUCCCCCCUCUGUUGUAAAUAUGAUACAGAAUUAAUAAGAGAAAACAUCUAACUUUAUAAAGAAACCUCUGGGGGGUUUUUUGUUGUUGUUUAUGAAAAAUAUAAUGGAAAUAAAACAGGAUAUUGAUAUUAUAGCACAAGAUGAUAUUCUUAUAAAAUGAAAUGGGCACAAGAGACGUUUGUUGGGAAAGUUCACCUAAAAAAAAAACCACAGUAAAUCUGGUCUAUUUCUAAGGGACAUGAAAAAGAAAGCUAGAUUUGUCCUUUCUAUGAAUAACUGUGUAUGAAUAAAAACUUCAGAUCCAAGAACUAUAUAAUGAGAGAUGUAAUUUUUGUUAAUAAGAUGUAGGUUGUAUAUUAGGUGCAA